AUGGAGAAAGCAGAAUCGAUAUUAAAUAAAAUUCUACCACAAAUAGCGGCAGAUCUGAAUUAUGUCAAUUACAAGAUUCAAAUUGAUCCAAUUUCUAGUGGCGGUGCUAACUACACUUCAUUAUUGUACAAUAUUACGAUCGAAGAAGGACCCAAUGCGCACCACUUGUUCGUAAAAGUUGCUGCCAUUGGAGACAAGAUGCGAAAUGAAAACCCGAAACUCUAUGCCACAGAAAUCUUUGUUUAUACAAAACUUAUGAAAAUUUACGAGGCUUUGGAGAAUAAGUACAAUAUACCACAAGAACAUAGAUUGAUAUUAAGCAAGUUCUACGGUUGCAACCCUACAGAGUAUGAAGAGACCAUUGUUCUAGAGAACUUGGUUAAGAAAGAAUUUCAAUCUUUUAAUAGAUUUAACUCAAUUACCUGGGAAUACGCAGCCUCCGCAAUAAGAGAAUUGGUAAAACUACACGCACUAUCAUAUGCUUACAGCGAAUAUUAUCCUGAAGAGUUCGAUAGAGUUUGCCGUGAUCGUAAAGUUGAGUUCAACGUAGAAAAUGGGUCUAUGGUAACGGCUGAUGUAGCAAUGACUGCAAAAGCCCUCGAAUUGGUCCAUGAGGAGAAACGAGAAAUGUUGAAAAAAUUCUUCGAUAAAAACGGACUAAAAGAGGUGAUAACAGCUUUUCAGUCUUUUCGAAAACCAGUAUUAGUGCACGGUGAUUACAGACCCAGUAAUUUGAUGCACAGGAUUCAGGACGAUGGGAAGAUAGAAAUCAAAAUCCUGGAUCUUCAAACCAUGCAAGCUUCUAGUCCAAUGUUAGACCUACUCUAUUUUAUCUUCACUGGGUCUGAUGGACAAUUCCGAGCGCAAUACUAUGAAAAACUACUUGAUUUGUACUACACAGAACUAGAAGAGGCCUUGAAGAGGUUUCAGCUGGAUCCUGAGAAGGUGUACUCCAGGGCUGAUUUUGACCAAGAUUGGCAAGAGAAACUGCCGUUGGGCCUGAAAAUCUCAGCUUUUACCUUACCUUUUCUGACGGUUUCCGAAGAAGAUGCUCCGAAAGUAAACGAAGAUUUAGAACUUAGCUCCUUCUGCAUGAAGAACACGAGCGACCGGUGCGCACAGCUAAUGAACGAAGUUGUGAAUGAUUAUAUAAAGUGGGGCAUACUCCAAUAG